CUCGACCUGACCUAACGUAACAAUAUGCGAAAUACAUAUGUUUGACCACCACAUAACUGAGUGAUGAAAUAGCUUACAACCUCAUAAUAAUUUAGAUGGCUUGAAACUUACUUGAAAUCCACGUACAGUUUUGCAAAAUUCAAAAAUUAAGUUAGAAUAUCCACGCACCCUUGAUCUUCAGUUAAUGAUCUGUAAAAAACAAUCACCAGAUGAACUAAAAAUUAAAGGUCGUUGACUGAAGUAGGCUCAAAAUGAAUACCGAAGACUGUGACAGAAUCACCAAUAACUGUGCCAGACUUGUGCCAGAAAUAAAUUGGCCUCAAAUUUUUCCAAAACUAUUAGAGCACAAAAUAUUUCGAUUGGAGGAUAAAAAUGUGAUGCGAUGGAAGGAAAACCUGGAUAACAUCGAUAACAAUCGUGAGAUGUAUUUGAGGAUAAAGUCUCGAGGCCCUAACGCUUUCAAUAGUCUUGUUCGGUGUUUGGAAGAAGUAGGUCGCGACGACUUAGCCAAUAUUUUAAAACCUAGCAAUACAAAUGACCAAGUAGAUAAUGAUAUAGGAGAAAUGAUUCAUGAAAUGAAUGGAAAUAUCGAAGAUUCAAUCGACACAAUGACACCAGUUGAGUACAGCAACGAAGUACAAGAUGACUACUACAGAAAACUCCAAAUCACAGAAGUGCCAUUGACAGUGCAAGUGAUAAAGUCUAAAAAAUUCUAUGAUAACUUUGUUGAUAAGGUGAUGUGCUAUGAUAUGAGGACUGAGCCACGGGGGUUGGUUCUGAUUAUUAAUAAUAUCUCCUUCCCUCACAGAGAGGAAGGUAGGCAAGGUGCUGAACAUGAUGAAAAAAAUUUGAAAGAUCUGUUUCUGCAAAUGGGCUUUGAAGUAAUCCCCAAACGCAACAAGACUAGCCAUGAGAUACAAGAAAUUUUGAAGACGUUUUCACAGAACCCAAAAUUACGGCAUGUGUCUUCAAUGUUUGUUAUAGUAAUGAGCCAUGGGGGACAAAAGAUAGAUUCUGAUUCAAGGACAACAGAUUCUGAUAGUGUGGUUUUUGGAACUGAUGAAAGAACCAUUCCCGUUUCAAAGAUUUUGAAUCUCUUUACAGCAACAUCGUGCGAAAAUAUGUGCAGGAAGCCUAAAAUAUUUAUCUUUCAGACAUGCAGAGGCGAUAAAACACAGCAGCUCGUCAAUGCAACAACUGUUCCCAUGGGCAGAUGUUCGUCGGAUGCUGGACAGUCUGUAGAAUCCAAACCACCUGCAGUGCCAGCAGGCUACCGUGAUUUUUCCGAUAUGUUGGUUGCAUACUCCACACUACCUGGUUUUGAAGCAAAUCGUGACAAACUUACUGGAAGUUGGUACAUCCAAGCUUUCUGUGAAGUGAUGAUGAAUCAUGCACAUGAUACAGAAUUGAGCAGAUUGUUGCAAAUGACCGACGACAGACUUGCCUGGAUGAAUGAUAAGUACCAUGGAUGCCAGACAUCGGUAUUCAUGAAUUAUGGAUUCAACAAGCAAUGCUUUUUGAAUCCUGGAUUUUUCACGCGUGAAACAGAUACCUAACAUUGCCACGUAAUAAUAAUUCUAAUAAUUCUAUACCGAAAUGGCAAUAUUAUCUUAUUUAGAAUACGUCAUCAAAGUAUUGUAAUUUUCGUGAUAGAGGUCGUAAAAUUGCAUUUAUUAAUUAACUAGCUCUCGGUAUUUAGUUUUAGUGAUGAUUGAAAUUAAAGAGCAAAAACUGGUGAAUUCAA